AUGGGGUACGUCGAUGUGCAGCGGAAACUGACGAGCCUGCUGGACGAAAUAGAUCACCUCAGAGCGAGGCUCCCAGCAAGGGAUCUGGGGAAACCCCUGGUUGCCGAAUACGCGCAGCAGUCCGUCAUGAUUGAGAACAACCCUCUUCGUCUCGAGCAAGUUGACCUUGCCUCCACGUCCAGCAGCGAGCUUGCCAAACUCGUGUCGACCACUGCAGCAGGCGUAAAUGUCACCGAGUCAGCCACGAACGAGCUGCAGAACCACAUCAUCGCAUCGCAAUGGAUCGCAGAGAACGCGGCGGCCAAGGCUGGUACCGCAGGACUAUGCGAAGCCGAAGUACGAGACCUCGCCGUGGUGUCCGUCGUCAACACAGACUCCGAGGCGGCCUACGACACCUGGCGGACAGGUUCAACAACGGCAGGCGGCAACUUGGUAUGGGGAUCGAGAGUCCCGCUGGGCGAGUACCGCAACCUGCCCAUCAGCGUCCGCAGCAACCGUCUUCGAAUCUUUCCGUACCCGCAAGAGGUUCCGGCCUGCAUGCAGAGGUUCUUCCAAUGGCGGGACCUGCAGCAUCGGGAGAGGGCGCUGCAACCGCUGAUUCUGGCUUGUCAGAUGACGUCCUACUUUGUUCUCGUUCAUCCGUUUCCCGAUGGCAAUGGGCGUACCAGUCGCAUGGUGAAGCAGGAUUACCUGGCGCGUCAGGGCUACGUUCCCGUCGUCAUUCGGGACUUGAAGCGCGAAGACUAUCUGCGGAUGGUCGACGGCGCCGGCGAAGGCAAACCGGAGGAAUUCGUAAUAGCAGUGCUUGAGGCUCAACUGGCGGUGCUGCACCAGGCUUCCACGCGCCUCGAGAUGUAG